GGGCCGGGCCGGGGCUGCGGGGCGAGCGGGGCGGCAAAGAUCCGGCGACGCGGCCCGGGACGGCGAGGCUCGGCGCGGCGAUGGCGGCAUGCUUGGUGCAGAUAGAGCUGUGACCUGGCCCCGUUCGCAGCCAACUAGCCUGCCCACCAUGGCAAGCCCCACGCUGAGCCCCGACUCCUCGUCUCAGGAGGCCCUGUCGGCUCCCACCUGCUCCCCCACCUCCGACUCUGAGAACCUCAGCCCCGAUGAGCUGGAGCUCCUGGCUAAGCUCGAGGAGCAGAACCGGCUCCUGGAAGCCGACUCCAAGUCUAUGCGCUCCAUGAAUGGCUCACGGCGGAACAGCGGCUCCUCGCUGGUGUCCAGUUCCUCGGCCUCCUCCAACCUGAGCCACCUGGAGGAGGACACGUGGAUCCUAUGGGGACGCAUCGCCAACGAGUGGGAGGAGUGGCGACGGCGGAAGGAGAAGCUGCUCAAGGAGCUGAUCCGCAAGGGCAUCCCGCACCACUUCCGGGCCAUCGUGUGGCAGCUCCUAUGCAGCGCCACGGACAUGCCAGUCAAGAACCAGUACUCAGAGCUGCUCAAGAUGUCCUCGCCCUGCGAGAAGCUGAUCCGCAGGGACAUCGCCCGCACCUACCCAGAGCAUGAGUUCUUCAAGGGCCAGGACAGCCUGGGCCAGGAGGUCCUCUUCAAUGUCAUGAAGGCGUACUCUCUGGUGGACCGGGAGGUGGGCUACUGCCAAGGCAGUGCGUUCAUCGUGGGCCUGCUCCUCAUGCAGAUGCCAGAGGAGGAGGCCUUCUGCGUGUUCGUGCGGCUAAUGCAAGAGUAUCGGCUACGGGAGCUCUUCAAGCCCAGCAUGGCGGAGCUGGGGCUCUGCAUCUACCAGUUUGAAUACCUGCUACAGGAGCAGCUUCCGGAACUGAACACCCACUUCCGCUCUCAGAGCUUCCACACGUCCAUGUAUGCCUCAUCCUGGUUCCUCACGCUCUUCCUCACCACCUUCCCCCUGCCCGUGGCCACUCGAGUCUUCGACAUCUUCAUGUAUGAGGGGCUGGAGAUCGUGUUCCGGGUGGGCCUCGCCCUGCUGCAGGUGAACCAGGCGGAGCUCAUGCAGCUGGACAUGGAGGGCAUGUCGCAGUACUUCCAGAGGGUGAUCCCCCACCAGUUCGACAGCUGCCCAGACAAGCUGGUGCUCAAGGCCUACCAGGUCAAGUACAACCCCAAGAAGAUGAAGAGGCUGGAGAAGGAGUAUGCAGCCAUGAAGAGCAAGGAGAUGGAGGAGCAGAUCGAGAUCAAAAGGCUUCGGACUGAGAACCGGCUCCUGAAACAGCGGAUCGAGACCCUGGAGAAGGGCCAGGUGACACGCGCGCAGGAGGCCGAAGAGAACUAUGUCAUCAAGCGGGAGCUGGCUGUGGUGCGGCAGCAGUGCAGCUCAGCUGCCGAGGACCUGCAGAAGGCACAGAGCACCAUCCGGCAGCUGCAGGAGCAGCAGGAGAACCCGCGCCUCACAGAGGACUUUGUGGCCCACCUGGAGACAGAGCUGGAGCAGUCCAGACUUCGGGAGACAGAGACGUUGGGGGCCCUGCGGGAGAUGCAGGACAAGGUUCUGGACAUGGAAAAGAGGAAUAGCUCGCUGCCGGAUGAGAACAACUUGGCUCGAUUGCAGGAAGAGUUGAAGGCGCUCAAAGUGCGGGAGGGUGAGGCUGUGGCCUCGGCCCGUGAGCUCAAACUGCAGCUGCAGGAGCUGUCGGACGCCUGGCAGGCCCAUCUGUCCCGCGGCGGCCGCUGGAAGGAGUCUCCACGGAAACUGGUGCUGGGAGAGCUACAGGACGAGCUCAUGAGCGUGCGUCUGCGUGAGGCCCAGGCGCUGGCCGAGGGCCGCGAGCUGCGACAGCGCGUGGUGGAGCUCGAGACGCAGGACCACAUCCACCGCAACCUGCUGAACCGCGUGGAGGCGGAGCGCGCGACACUGCAGGAGAAGUUGCAGUAUCUGGCGGCGCAGAACAAGGGGCUGCAGACGCAGCUUAGCGAGAGCCGCCGCAAGCAGGCUGAGGCUGAGUGCAAGAGCAAGGAGGAGGUGAUGGCUGUGCGCCUGCGCGAGGCGGACAGCAUGGCCGCGGUGGCUGAGAUGCGGCAGCGCAUCGCGGAGCUGGAGAUCCAGAGGGAGGAGGGCCGUAUCCAGGGCCAGCUGAACCACUCGGACUCCUCGCAGUACAUCCGAGAGCUCAAGGACCAGAUCGAGGAGCUGAAGGCAGAGGUGCGGCUGUUGAAGGGUCCGCCACCCUUCGAAGACCCGUUGGCUUUCGACGGUCUGAGCCUGGCGCGGCACCUGGAUGAGGACUCGCUGCCAUCCUCGGACGAAGAGCUCCUGGGUGUGGGUGUGGGCGCAGCCCUGCAGGACGCGCUUUACCCCCUGUCACCGCGAGACGCUCGCUUCUUCCGCCGUCUGGAGCGGCCAGCCAAGGACAGCGAGGGCAGCUCAGACAGUGAUGCCGACGAGCUGGCUGCGCCUUACAGCCAGGGCCUGGACAACUGAGGCUGCGGCCUAUGCGCCGCAUUUCGGGGACUCGAGGCCUCUGUGGCUCCGCCUGCCCCAGGGCCAGGUCAGGGAGCUGUAGCAGUGGCUAUGAGCAGAGGGUACAGCCUGCGCAGGCUCUCCCUCCCAGCAGUGUUUACCCCUCCUGGCCCGACCCCUCCGCUGCUGUGGCCCAGAGCAUCCUGGGCCAGUGGUGGACGAGGCUGUAUCCCCCAACGGCGAGGGCAGGGGACACGCAACACAUGGACCGAGUGAGCCAGAAGCACCACUUCCCAGCUGGCUUCCUUCUGACCCCAAGAUGGCCCAGCCAGGAAGGGCCCAGGAGCUAGAAGUCUGAGGAAAGAGAGGCAGCUCUAGGCCAAACAUUAGCACCCCAAGACACCACUGAACACACUAACCCUUGGCCAACCGGUCACCAGCCAUGGGGCACAGAAGCUGAGCCACCUGCCUGGUGUGGGCCUCCUGGCCCCUGCAGCAGAAACCAAAGUCCCUCCUCCUGUAUGCAGGGCCACCAGGGAUGUGAGUGGCCAGUGGGGACAGCUCAGACCUGGUGAGGUCUCCUGGUUUCUCUGAGGCCAGAAUAGCUGCAAGGAGUGAAGAAACCCAUCUCUCCAGCGGGCGCCCCACAUCUUCCUCUGGGAGACACAUUCCUCAUCCUGGCCAGCGACUGAGAGUCCCCUCUCCUGCUCCUGCUCUUGUGGGUGGAAGCCUCCAGCCACUCCCCUUUCUUCCCUGGGGCCCAGCCCCAACCUCAGGCGAGGCCCAGCCCCCUGGGUGGAGUGGUGCAGCAGCCACCUCCCCUUGCCUCGGGUUGUAGCCCCGAGGUCCCUGCCACUCAGCACUGAGGAAGGUGCCAAAGUCCAGCAGUGUCCCCAGGCCCCUUUUCCCCUCCAACCCAGAGGCCCUGUGACCCUGCGGCCCACCCUCUCAGUGCUCCUGGAGCCUGAGUAGAGUAGUGUAGCGUCAGAAGCAAUCUCCCCGGCGCUUCCUGGAGGGGGACCUCUGUUCAGUCCCCUUUCCUGGUCACCCACUCUUCAGUGUUACAAAGCCUGGGGACCAGGGUGGGCACCUGUGGGGCUCUCCCAGUGUGCCCCCCACACUGCCCACCACCAUUUUGCACACUGCCUGUUCACACUCCACAUAUCGCCCAGGAGGGAAAGAUGGAAAAUAAAGUGUAUUUACA